AUGGCUUCCAAAUUUCAGGCUGAAGGCAUGACCCACAAUGUUACGGCCGAAAUUCCUAACCCGCUCGAGGGUAUUCCGCACGAUCAGCUGAUGUCCAGCGUCCAGGAGUAUGCCGAGCUCCACGGGUUGCAAGACAUCUUGCCCACCCUUCGCAAGGGUGCUUUGGCUGGUCAGGACCCCAUUGCAGCCAGAACCUCCCCUUUGCUGAAUGGCCAAGAGCAUGAGAUCCUGCAUGUGGAGGCCAACUAUCGCUGGAGGCAGCCUUGGGCCCUGUACUACACCAUUAUUCUGAACUCGAUUGCGGCAGCCAUUCAAGGCUGGGAUCAAACUGGCUCCAAUGGUGCCAAUCUUACCUUUGACGUUGUCUUUGGCAUCCCCAACAAUGCCCCUGCCUGCCCGGAUCAUGUUACAUGCACCCGCAACCAAUGGAUUGUUGGACUUAUCAAUGCGACACCUUACAUUACCAUCUUUCUAUUUGCUGGCUGGCUGUCGGAUCCCCUCAACAACCUCCUUGGCCGCAAGGGCACGAUUUUCCUGGCAGCAAUCUUUAGUCUUCUUGCACCUCUCGGCUCUGCCUUCACUCAGACUUGGCCUCAGCUAGUGGCCUGUCGCAUACUUCUGGGGAUCGGAAUGGGCCUGAAAGAAGUUACUGUUCCUGUCUACUCUGCCGAGAAUGCACCCACCAACAUCCGUGGAGGCCUAGUUAUGAGCUGGCAAGUGUGGACAGCCUUUGGCAUCUUUCUCGGAACCUGUGCGAACUUGGCAGUUGCCAACACAGGCAAGCUUUCGUGGCGUUUGCAACUUGGAUCGGCGUUUAUUCCUGCAAUUCCUCUGGUUCUCGGUGUAUGGUUCUGUCCUGAGUCACCCCGCUGGCUGAUGAUCAAAGGAAGACACCGAGAUGCGUACAAUUCGCUUCUUCGUCUCCGGAGAAGCUCCCUCCAAGCUGCUCGGGACCUUUACAUGAUCCAUGCGCAGCUUGUCAUGGAGAAAGGCACGCUUGCGGAUUCUGGUUACCCUAACACUGAGAAUGCACUCGUUCGGUUCAAGGAGCUCUUUACUGUACCACGCUUGCGACGUGCGACCCAGGCAUCAGGCAUAGUCAUGAUUGCACAGCAGAUGUGCGGAAUCAACAUCAUUGCAUUUUACUCUUCGACUAUCUUUCAGCUGGCCGGGGCGAACAACAUCAACGCUCUGCUCGCAUCAUUCGGGUUUGGCUUGAUCAAUUUUGUGUUUGCCUGGCCUGCCGUUUGGAGUAUCGAUAGAUUUGGUCGUCGAGGUCUCCUGCUUUUCACAUUUCCACAGAUGUGCUGGACCCUACUUGCAGCUGGGUUUUGUUUCUGGAUUCCCAAGAACAACAAGGCACACCUUGGUCUCGUUGCCUUUUUCAUCUACCUCUUCGAUGCGUUCUAUUCCCCAGGAGAGGGCCCUGUUCCAUUCACAUACUCCGCCGAGGUCUUUCCUCAGUCUCAUCGUGAGAUUGGCAUGGCUUGGGCUGUUGCGACCAACAACUUCUGGGCGUCAGUCCUCUCGCUGACCUUCCCUUACAUGCUGCGCGCUUUCACUGCCCAGGGCGCUUUCGGUUUCUACGCAUUUCUCAAUCUUGUUGCAUUCGUUCUCAUUUUCCUUUUCUUGCCCGAGACAAUGCAACGGUCUCUUGAGGAGCUGGAUUAUGUGUUUGGCGUACCCACACGAACUCAUGCGAAGUACCAGCUGACCGUCGUGCUUCCAUGGUGGAUCAAGCGCUACAUCUUCAUGCGCAAGAUUGACGAGUGUCCCCCUCUGUAUCGAGACCGUGCAUAUCGGGAUGAGACCGAGUUUUCCCCCACUGAAGCUCAUAAAAAGACUCCUGAGCAGGUUGAAUCGGCUUAG